UCUCAACAAACCGAGGAUUGUCUGCGGUGCAGGAAUGAGUCACAUUUACCCGUGCUGCCUAUCCCAGACUUUUUGUUUGACCACGUUAUCUGCUUGUCAUUCCACCUCCCACACCCUAACAACAGAGGGCAGGUAGACAAGGGCAGCACAGUUCCCUUGCAGGGUCACUAGCGAUACAAGCCAGACGAAGGAAGGAGUUUUUUUACUAAGACCAAGAACUCUUUUUUUCCCCCUGUUGUCGUUUGCUGUCAUACUUGUGUCAACAUGUGCACUGGAAGGUGUUCAAGUUGCAUUGCUGUGACUUUGUACCCGUUGGCACUCAUAUCCAUCAUUUGUAAUAUUGUGUUGUUCUUUCCUGAUGCCGAAACCAAGUAUGCCAAAGAUGGACAUAUUACUGAGGAGGUGAAGUACAUGGGAGGACUCGUCGGCGGCGGAGUCAUGGUGUUGCUGCCUGCACUUUACAUCCACUUGACAGGAAAACAAGGAUGCUGUGGGAAUCGCUGUGGGAUGUUCUUAUCGAUUGCAUUCGCUGCAGUGGGCGUGGCCGGGGCCUUGUACAAUUUGAGCGUGGCCGCGCUCGGUUUGAAGAAUGGUCCCCUUUGUAAAGUCCUCCUGAUAUGGAGCACGCCUUUCAAAGACAGUGAUUACCUGACUGAGGACACUUGGUGGGUGAAGUGCACCGAGCCCAGGAACAUUGUGCAGUUCAACACUGGACUCUUCGGCACCCUGCUGGCGUGCGGCUGUCUGCAGCUGGUCCUGUGUGCCAUCCAGAUGAUCAACGGCCUCUUUGGCUGCCUGUGUGGAACCUGCAGCAAAAAAACAAUCAUCUAGAACAGUGGUUCUCAAAUGGGGGUACGCGUACCCCUGGGGUACUUGAAGGUAUGCCAAGGGGUACGUGAGAUUUUUUUUUAAUAUUCUAAAAAUAGCAACAAUUCAAAAAUCCUUUAUAAAUAUAAAUAAAAACCUAUCUUUUUUUCCAAAUAGUUCAAGAAAGACCACUACAAAUGAGCAAUAUUUUGCACUGUUAUACAAUUUAAUAAAUCAGAAAAUGAUGGCAUAGUGCUAUAUUUUACUUCUUUAUCUCUUUUUUUCAACCAAAAAUGCUUUGCUCUGAUUAGGAGGUACUUGAAUUAAAACAAUUUUCACAAGGGGUACAUCACUGAAAAAAGGUUGAGAACCACUGAUCUAGAAGACUCUGCUCUGACAGGUUGGAAUCUUGUCAACUGACAUGUUAUUACUAUUCCAGAUGUCAGUGUCUUUUUGUUUGCAGCUUCCAUACGCCCUCUGCUGGCCCACUUGACUACUUCACUAAUUUCACCAGAUGUCCUACUAACAUAAGUAUAAUUCACAUUAUUCUAUCAAUUGUUCUGCAUUAGAAUGCACACGAUAGCAGUUGUAUUAAAACAGGCACAAGGCAAUGCUUCUACAGAGAAACGUUUAUUAAUUUUCUAACUACAAUACCAAGGUUGUUAUAUAUAAUGUACACAACUAUUUCCAGCUGUUGGCAUUUUUGUUAAUAAAACAUCUAUAUUAAAAAGGAAUAUGACUUGAGA